GAGAAGAAGAUGGUGUGCCGGAGCGCCGAGGAGCGGAGCCAACUCUCCGCCCGCCUGCUCCAGGACGCAUCCCAGCUCAGGGAGCUUUUCCACAACCUGGGCCUGGCUGAGAGCGAGCAAAGCCUGGAGGUGAUAUGCGCCCUCCAGGAGCUCAUCCGCCUGCAGGACCCGGCCUUGCUCAGCCUGGAGGUGCUGGGAUUUGUGACGAAGUACCCCGACGUCAGCGACGAGCACAUCUCCAUUGUGCUGGAGCUCCGGGGUGACGUCUCCAAGGAGGCCCGGAACGUGGUGCUGGAAAUGAUGGCGCAGAAUCCGCAGACCCUGCCCGAAAACUACCGGCCCAUCUUCAGCAGCAUCCUGGUCCCAGCUCCGGACCUGCCCUUCUGCCUUGGCAAGAGCAAGUGUGCAUGAGACAUGGACACCGCUGCCCCGUGUCUGCGAACGAGGGAUCUGCAGGCUCUGAGGGGCCCUGGGUGGGCCUGGGCAGACGCCGUGUGAGGCACCGACUGGUCUCCAGAGACGGGGCAGGGGAAGUCUGGAGAGAGGAGAUACUGAUGCACCUGAUCCUCAGGGACUGGCAGCUUGGUACCUGCUUUCCUGGCCCCACUGAUCACCUGGCUAGGGAACCUCGGGUGGGGUGAACCCCACUGGACGUGUGGCCCUAAGCACUUCAGCUCUGCCCCUUCCGGUCUCUAGGCCUCUGCUCAUGAGUGGCUGGUGAACCCAGUGCUGGGAGAGGCAAGUCCCCAGCCCCGCCCCUUCUGCCUGAGGCCCCACCCCUUCUGCCUGAGGCCCCGCCCCUUCUGCCUGAGGCCACACCCUUCCCCUGAUGACCCACCCCUUCUGCCUGAGGCCCCACCAUGCUAUCCAGGCCCUACGGGAGCCAAGGCCCCACACUGUAAGGGCAGGCCACCCCCCAGCAGGAGACAUGUGGCCACAGUUCCCCCCCACCCCAGCAUGGGGAAAGCAGGAAGCUCGCAGCCCCAGCCUCCCCAGCCCCAGGAGGGCUGGCGGCACGGCGGAUGCUUUCUGUCACCUGAGCCUGGGAGGGGGUGUAACUAGGUGACCCCUUUUCCCCGGAGAGCAGGACAAAGGCUGGGGGGUAGGGCAGGCUGCUGGGUGUGAGAGUCUCACUGGCUUGGGGGCAGGGCCCUUGGCUCUGGGCCCCGCUCCCCAAGAUGGGUU